CUGAAUUUCCGGUGUUCUGCUAUGUUUCAAGGUAAACGAAAGCCAAGUAUCAGAACAAGCCGUAAGAUGGACAUGUACCGUUGCAUGGUGCAGUUGGCUCAUCGUCCCAGGAUUCCAUCUUACAGCCAUCAGACACUCCUGAAGUAAAAAACAAAGAACAAAGCAAAGCAGAGCAAAAAAAAAAAAAAAAAAAAAAAAAAAAAACAGUUCAGCAAUAGUAAAGUUAAUGAGAUUAUGCCUGUAAAAUUAAAAAUAUUGUUGGCCAGCUGGGACUUGCUUGUGACCAACAAUAAUAUAGUUACACCAUUUUUGGUGUUCACCAGGUUACACUGAUGACCAGAAUGAAGCUGUUUUGACUGCUUCAUGAACCAGGCAGUGUCUUUUGGAGUUCAGCGGGAAGUACAGUUAAGAUUCCUAUGUCCAGAUGACAUUGAGGAAGUAAAGCGGUUGUGUACAGAAUGGUUCCCCAUUGAAUAUCCAGAUUCUUGGUACCAGGACAUCACGUCCAAUGCCAAAUUCUACUCUCUUGCUGCUACAUAUUAUUCAAGGAUUAUUGGCCUCAUUGUUGCUGAGGUCAAAUCCAAAACAAAGCUUAACAGAGAGGAUGCUGAUAUUUUAGCUACACACUACCCUACAAGCUGUCAAGUGGCAUAUAUUCUUAGCUUAGGUGUGGUUGAUGAGUUCCGUCGGCAUGGUAUAGCUUCGCUUCUACUAGAUAGCCUGUUAUCCUAUCUUACAUCUCGGGACCGCUACAACUGCAAGGCUAUCUAUUUGCAUGUGUUAACCACCAACAGUGCUGCCAUCUGUUUCUAUGAAAGACGUAAUUUUCAACCACACAGCUAUCUACCUUAUUACUAUUCCAUAAAUAGCAAACCACAUGAUGGAUAUUCUUAUGUGCUUUACAUAAAUGGUGGACAACCGCCUUGGUCAAUUUAUGAUUACCUUAGUCAGUGUGGAGCAUUACUAGCCAAGAUCCACCCAUGUUUACUUUCUCAACAAAUCCUACAAGCUGUACAGAAGUGGCUGCGUCGUUUGCUCAGCAGUUCUUCAUAUGAUUCUCAGGAAAACCAUGCAAGAUUUAAUUGGCAAAUCUACUCUUCACUUUCAUUAUCAUAAUGUUACCAAUCAACCGAGAUCAACUAAAGGAAAAAACAAACAAAGAGACAAGAACAAAGACAAAAAAACAACUGUAAUUUAAAUGAAAAGAAUAUCAAUUUUGAACUUUUCUAUGGAAUAUUAUUAAUGCCUUUUGUUGGAAAAUUAUAAAGGCUCCAUAGUUUCAAUAGAAUUUGGAUACAAGAAGCUCCCAGAUAACUAAUUGAUUGACUCUGAUUAAUUAUAACUAAUACUAUUCUCACGACCACUUCAGCAACGAGAGCCACUAAUAUCAUUGUUAUUUUCAUCCUCAUCAUUAUCACUACCACCACCACCAUCAUAGUUAACACUUGAAAGCAAUAACACACAUUCCAGCCAGUUCUCAUCACAUAAAGAGCAGCAAGAGAAUAUAACCGCUAAAAACAGUUAAAGGUGAUCAGAUAUUCAAGAAUUCACAGAUUAUAACUAAGGAACAUGGACAAGCCAAUUUUCUUUUAUGUUCUUUCAGGACUCUGUAAAAACUGAUUUUCUUCCAUCUAAAUUUUUCUGAUUGUAUCUUAUUAACUGGAUCAGCUAUGGCAAAGCUACAGGCUUGGCACCACAACUGUGAUUUUGACAAUGUUAAUCAAUCUGGCAUCAGAACAACUUCUUGCUUUGACAUUAUAUCGUUUUGUGGAAGAAGGAAAAGAAGAAAAGGAAUUUUAUUAAAUUAUUAUGUAGGGUGUUAAAAAAAAAAAAAACGUUUCAAACUAAUUCUGUCUUCUGUAACUUCUAUCCAAUGGAUUCAUUUAUUUCAGCUCCCAUAUAAACAAUUUGUUGUUUUUCUCUCUCUUUCUUAUCCCUACCUCUUUUCUCAUUUUUCUUCUUUCUGCUCUCACAUCUUAAUUAUCUUUCUUUUGUUUCCUCUCAUUCUGUAUUCAGUAACUUCUAUCUUUAUAGUAGAUGUGAUAUGAACAAAUUCUAAAAUACUAUUUAUUUGUUUUGUUUAUCAAAAUUUCCAUUUCUCUUUCUUCAAAUUGCUUUACUUUCCCUGACCCUUGUCACUAUUUUCUCUCAAAUUUCUCCCGUUUCUUUUUUUUAUUAAUUUUAUUUUUCUGUACUUCAAUUUUUAUGAAAGUUGUUAAUGUGUUAAAAUGUUAGUUGUAUGUUAUAAAGAUAUAUAUAUAAACCUUUCGCUUUCAAGUGGAAAUGUUCCUUUUACUUUUAACAAUUGUUCAAAGAAAAACGAUUAAAAAUAAAAAAAAAUUACAAAUAUGAA